GGGGGCUGCUCGCCCGCCGCGGCCCCGCCGCCCCCCGGCCCCACCACGCCGCGCUGGAGCAUCCGCCACCGCUCCUACGUGGACCUGCAGGACUACCGGCACAGCCGCGACUCGGCGCCCAGCCCGGUGCCGCGGGAGCUGCUGGUGACGGUGGAGCUGCCGCUGCUGCGCUCCGCCGCGGAGGCGGAGCUGGAGCUCCGCGGGCGGGAGCUGCGGCUGGACUCGCGCUGUCCCGCCUACCGCCUGCGCCUCCGCCUGCCCUACGACGUGGACGAGAGCGCCGGGCGCGCCGCCUUCGACCGGGCCCGGCGGCAGCUGCAGGUCACGCUGCCCGUGGUGCGGCCGGCCGGGGAGCGGCUGCAGGGGGCCGAGCCCGGUGCCGGGGGCCCGGCAGAGGCAGCCCCGGCAGGGGCGGGCGGCGGAGCGGCUCCUCCCCCGGAACUCGGGCCUGGCGGCGCGGUACAGGACGGGCAUGGCGGCGGGGACGGUGGUGAUCCGCUCGCCGAGCCUACGGCUGAGCCGCUGUGUGAUCCUCCCGCCGGUCCGCUCGCCGAGCCCCCGGCUGAGCUGCCCCUAGACCCACUCUGUGACCCACCCGCUGAACCCCCGGGUGAACCUCCCGCUGAUCCAGCCUCUGACCUCCCUGCUGAACCCGCCCCUGAUCCAACC